CUUUCAGGUGAUGAUGAACCUUUAUCUUGGGACCAAGAAACAUGUCUUAACUUGUUGGCUUGUUUGAAGUUGAAUAAUGGGAGAUGAGAAAAGUAGCUUCUUGUUCAGCAGUCUCUUUCUCCAACUUUUACACCAACUAUGCACAACGAAAACCUUUUCUUCUCAGCCGGAAAGGUCUUUCCAAUGUCAUUCCUUCACGAUCUUCCCUUCAACUUCACUCGCAUUUAUACUCAGAAUCGCUUGUCUCAGCACUAAUUGUUGGUGUAAACUCUUGCUCUUGUGUCUCCUAUUGCCAGGCUUUUCACGCCCGAGUUAUCAAAGCCGUGAAUUACCGUCACGGAUUCGUUGGUGAUCAGUUGGUGUCUAGUUAUGCGAGAUUAGGAUACCCAGAAUAUGCGCAAAAUUUGUUUGAUGAAAUGCCUAAUAAAGAUUUGGUCUCCUGGAAUUCUUUAAUUUCAGGAUUAUGCCGAAGUGGGUUUACCACUAAAUGCUUGAGUGCAUUUUGUAAAAUGAGAUUUGAAAUGGAUAUGCAACCAAAUUAUGUCACUUUUUUAUCUAUAUUCUCAGCUUGUAGUGAUGAGGGAGCUCUAAGUGAAGGCAAGUGCAUUCAUGGCUUUGCAAUGAAAUUGGGUAUCCUAAAUGAAGUGAAAAUUGUAAAUGCUCUUAUUAACAUGUAUGGAAAGUCUGGAUAUUUACAUGAAGCCUGUUGGUUAUUUGAGGCAAUGCCAUUGCAGAAUUUGGUGUCUUGGAAUUCAAUUAUCACAGUUUACACUCAAAACGGGCUUGCUGAGGAAAGUAUGGGAAUUUUCAUUAUGAUGAGAAGGGCUGGAGUUGAGUUUGAUCAAGCUACUAUGUUGACUGUUCUUCAGGCUUGUGAAAAUUUAGGCGUGAGAAAUUUAGCUGGGAGUAUUCAUGGUUUAAUUUUAAGGUUUGGUAUAACUGUUAAUGUGACCAUUGCAACUGCACUUUUAAACUUGUAUUCGAAGUUAGGGUGUUUACAAGCUUCAAGUAAGGUUUUUGGAGAGAUUAUUGAUCUGGAUAGUGUGGCCUGGACUGCCAUGCUUGCAUGCUAUGCUGUGCAUGGUUAUGGGAAAGAUGCAAUAAAGCUCUUUCAAGUCAUGGUGCAAAAAGGUGUACAGCCUGAUCAUGUCACCUUCACUCACUUGUUAAGUGCUUGUAGUCAUUCAGGACUUGUCAAUGAGGGGAAGCAUUACUUCAAGAUUAUGUCUGAAGUUUAUGGGGUGGAGCAGAAGUUGGAUCACUAUUCAUGCAUGGUUGAUCUUCUUGGUCGCUCAGGACGUCUCAAUGAUGCUUAUGAUCUGAUUAGAUGCAUGCCAAUGGAGCCUACUUCUGGUGUCUGGGGUGCUUUUCUUAAUGCUUGUAGAGUCUAUGGUAAUACUGAACUUGGAAAGGAAGUUGCAGAAAGAUUAUUUUCUUUAGACCCAUUAGAUGCCAGAAAUUACAUCAUGCUGUCAAAUAUAUAUUCUUCAGCUGGACUAUGGAGAGAGGCUUCAGAAGUGAGGGCAUUACUGAAAGAGAGAAGUCCCUACAGAACCCCUGGAUGUAGUUUUGUUGAGCAUGGAAAUAAAAUCUAUCGUUUUGUUGUGGGUGAUAGAUCUCACCCUCAGGCAGAGAGGAUAUAUAAUAAGUUGGAAGAACUAAUUGGAAAGAUAAGGAAUUCUGGUUUCAUGUCUAAAACAGAAUUCGUUCUACAUGAUGUUGAUGAGGAAGUUAAAGAGAAUAUGAUCAAUCAGCACAGCGAGAAGUUAGCCAUGGCAUUCGGGCUUUUGGUGACUGAUGCUGCAAUGCCGCUAAUUAUAACCAAAAACCUCAGAAUAUGUGGUGAUUGUCAUAGCAUGGCAAAGGCUGUAUCACUGAUUGAGAGGCGUACCCUCAUAAUUCGAGAUCCAAAGCGGUUUCAUCAUUUUUGUAAUGGAUUAUGUUCUUGUGGAGAUUACUGGUAAGCCCUCUACAGUUCUUAAUGACAUGGUGUGACAUUGGCAACAGUGGACUAAUAUGUUAGAAUUCUUUUAUUCACAGUCUAAUACUAAUUCUGGUUGUGGUGUUUAUUAACUGAUGAAAAGGAGCAAAUAAGCAGCUCUGUGAGCCAUUGUAAGUACAAGUGGACAGCAUAUAUUUAUAUAUUUUUUGCCUGAUGAGAAGAGCAGACAGGUUCAAACAUUCUUCCGAUUCUUAAGCAGACAAGUAAUACCCAUGAUCUUAUUGCUACAACUAAAUGAGCCUUCCCUUCUUGUUUACUCUACCUUCUGCAAGCUAUCCCUUUCCCUCCGGAUCCACCUCCACAUUCAAAGCUCAAUGGUUCUCCACUCCCAAGCGUCUUCGCCUUCAAACCAAAGUUGGAAACUGCACAAUCUGUGGCAAAGAGAUGAGAAGUGGCAAACUUAUCUGCCCGUCCCAUGAUCGGCAUGGCAACCGACAAUUUUACUCUGCUUUGGUAGUUUGACCUGUAUGUCUGUCCCAAAACUCCGUUCACCAUUGUGCUCAAACAAUCAAACUUGAAGUUCAGCUCCAAAUGCGCAAAACAGUCAUCCUCUGUCACAUCGUAUCCAUGCACCCUUGAUUCUUCUGAAGUGAUUGGAACCACGCGUGCCGUUAUCUCAAGCAACCCUUCGACUCUGAGCCUCACCUUUUUGGUCUCUGCCUGCCUUUGUAUCUUUAAUCCUGCUUCCGGUGCCACCCAUGUUUGGCCUUCACCGGCGGGCACCAGGACAUCUUUUCCAUCUAAUUUGAUCAGCAUGUUGUCAACUGAUGCUCUCCACUUGGCAACCCUUUCUGCGCCAAUAUAGAGCUGAUGAGAACCGAACAAGAUACCAAUGGACUGGACCCAGAAAGGUUUGCAGAUCCUGCAAUCUACCUCACAUAGAUUAGGACAACCUGGUGGACAGUUGUGAAGGAUGCCAAAGCAGUUCCCAAAGAGUGGGUCGUGGCAAGCAGCUUUUCUGGCACCUACUUUUUUUAAAGGUACAAUGUCGAAGCAUAGCAUCCCAAAGAGAAGUAAUGCAACUUCCAAUUUCAUUUUUUGUCCUGUCUUCUUCUUCUAUUCUAUUGCUGCAACCAAAAAUUAUUGAAAUUAUAUAACAUGAUGGAGCUUCGAUGCA